AUGGCUUCUGAUCAGUCUCACAAGUUUUCCGGCAACUAUUUGGUGUUGAGGCCCAACCAAGUGAGCGUUUUCGAUCUCUUUCGUCUCCUCUGGAGCCAUGAGUUGGAGAAGAAAGCAUUUGUGGAGUGCCCACCAGAGAAAUUUCGGGAAAAUAUCCGUCGCAAAUGGCUUAUAUUCAUGUCUCUCUCAGCCCAAAAGCUGCUACUCCAUGCUGCAAAGCCCCUGAGAUGGUUCGGAGAAAAGCUUGAAAUGUGGGUGAACCUCGUCUCCUUCAACCGCAACAUUUUUGUGCUCUUGCUCAACUUUUUGCGAGGUAAAGUGAUAAUGCCUGAACGAGAUUCGGAAGUUUUCCUAUCAUUCCUAGGAAGUCUAGACAGGCGAGUUGCAUUAGACAAGAACAUAAAACCUGUAGAUAGCAGAUACUAUGGGGCACUGGCUGCUAUGGCUGCUAAAAUAUCCUAUGAGAACAGGGCUUUUGUUGAAAGAAUAAUUAGAGAUCACUGGAAGAUGGAAUUACUUGGGUAUUACAGCUUCUGGAAUGAUUAUCAAAAGAAAAGCAACACGCAAGCCUUUAUGGUUCAUGACAGAAGAACUGACAUGAUAGUUGUAGCCUUCAGAGGUACUGAACCCUUUACUGCAGAUGAUUGGAGUACUGACGUAGAUCUUUCCUGGUAUGAACUUGACGAAAUGGGGAAGAUCCAUGGCGGAUUUAUGAAAGCUUUAGGCUUGGUAAUGGAAAAAGGUUGGCCUCCAGAAGUUGAACAAGACAAUAGCCGGCCACUAGCUUACUACACCAUAAGGGAGAAGCUGAGAGAACAACUGAAGCUAAACAAGAAAACAAGAUUUAUGUUGGCUGGUCACAGCCUAGGAGGGGCACUAUCAAUUCUGUUUCCUGCUGUUCUGGCAUUGCAUAAAGAAACAUGGUUGUUAGAUAGAUUAGAAGGGGUGUACACAUUUGGGCAACCAAGGGUAGGUGACAAGAAGUUCAAAGAGUUCAUGGAAAUUCAGUUGCAGAAUCAUGAUUUCAGGUAUUUGAGGUAUGUUUAUUGCAAUGAUAUGAUUCCUAGAACCCCUACAGAUGACAAAACGUUUUUGUACAAGCACUUUGGGACCUGCCUUUACUUCAAUAGUUGCUAUAAGGGGAAGGUACGACGAGAACAACCCCACAAGAAUUACAUAUCGCUGUUUUUAUGGAUACCCAGGUUUCUAAAUGCGGUAUGGGAACUAGUGAGGGGAUUCAUUCUACCAUUGAUGAAGGGACAGGAAUAUAAAGAAGGUUGGUUGCUCAUACUGCUUCGGUUUUGGGGACUUGUUUUUCCGGGUUUAGCAGCUCAUAAUCCCCAAGAUUAUGUAAAUGCAACUCGAUUGAGUUCUCAUCGAAUGUAUCAACAACUUCGAGAUCACCAUCCUAUGAAUGGCUCAUACCUGGCAUGAGACACAAAAUAAACGUGCAGCAAAAAACAACAAUCAGCCCACAUAUAAAACUAACAGGAAAAUCAUCAGAGGAAAGCUAAAACAAAAGUAAGAGCCAAGCUUUUUCGAGUCUUAUUAAGGAUAUUUUAAUAUCCACCUUAGCUAAUGCAUCAACAAAAAAAAAUGGCUUCUCCCUUCUCUACAAGCAUCAGCGCAGCUGAAUUUUCUUUUAUUCUUAACAGAAUGGAAAUCAUGUUGAAGUGAUUCUUGUAUUGGCCUUCACACCAGAUUUGUCCACCAAGAUAGCGUGCUCUGAUAUCGCUUUAUUAUCUUGAGGCCAUUGUUUGGAGAUGUUUGUUGUGCUAUAAAGAAUCAUUAUAUCCAAUUUAA